GUCCGAACUCGCAUGGGAACCGAAACUCAGAAAAUGUUGUCAAGAAGAAAUUGGAGUAAUAAACCGGACAAGCAUAAUAGUAAAUCACAGCAACAGCGCAAAAGAAACAAGGAGACGCUGUAGCAGCAAACAACUGAAAAAAAGUAGAGAGAGAGAGAGAGAGAGAGAGAGUGGAACAGUUACACGAGUUGGGUUUUAGGCUCUCUCCUCUGAAUCGAUCGGAAAAAGGAGAGAGAAAGGGAAGAGAACCAAAAGGAUGGCGGAGGUGAUCCUCCAUAUCUAUGACAUCACCAACAGUGGUUCUGCAAAGACGAACAACACCAUUGUUCAGAUUAACAAGAUCUUCAAGGAUGGAAUCGGUUUGGGGGGGAUCUUCCAUAGCGCUGUUCAGGUUUACGGAGAUGAGGAGUGGUCAUUUGGGUUCUGUGAACAAGGCACUGGAGUUUUCAGUUGUCCUUCCAGUAAGAAUCCAAUGUAUACCCACCGAGAACACAUUGUCCUUGGGAAAACUAAUUUUCCAAUAUUCAAGGUAAAUCAGAUUCUGCGGGAGCUCAGCAGAGAAUGGCCUGGCAGCUCAUAUGACCUAUUAUCGAAAAACUGCAACCAUUUUUGUGAUGAGUUCUGUGAAAGACUGGGGGUGCCAAAACUUCCAGCUUGGGUUAACCGGUUUGCCAAUGCUGGUGAUGCUGCCAUGGAAGUAGCUGGAAAUACUGCAUUACGAUUGAGACAAGCUAAGACAGAGAUUGUAUCUGCUAGCAAAGUUGCAUACCGAUUCCUCAUGGGCCUUAACUCGAAUUCGGCAGACACUCCAGAAUCCCCAAGCAAUUCUAACAGAGGUAGCCCCAGAUUUCAAGCUGCAUGGUUUAAAAACCUAAUUUCUGUUGGCAACAAGCCAUCAAACUCUGAACUUGAAAAUCAGGGUGAGAACACCCUUCAACAACAGCAAUGACCUACAGAACCACAACAGAAUUCAAGAUACAGUAUCUGAGUAUAUAGCUCCUAUGGCGUCAUUGCUGAAAUGUACUAGUGACGGGAAACUAUUCAUAGUGGCAUGUUAUUCAUUCUAGACACUGUAUAGUUUAAUCACUUAUCAAUUGAAGUGCUUGGAUUUGAAAAUGAGGACAUUCAAACAAAUUAGAUGCAUUAAGGAUGUCAUUGACAAUACAACACAGUGCUUGUUAUUAAUCAAUCGUUUCCGAUUUUUUGGCUUCCCUUGAAAGAGGGUUCUUGAUUUGAAUGUAAGCCCUGUGAAGUUGCUCUGGAAAAUACAGAAACAAUGGAAUAGAAGGCGCUGGAUGCUAUUCUGGACUUUA